AGACAGGGGCCCAGUCAACAGUCGAAGCCCGACACGCUGCUUGUUUUCAUUCGCCAGCAGCGUAGAAGUCGCAACAACGAUCAGCAUCUCACUGACAAUCAAGCAGCUCGCCGAAACGACAACUAAAUAUGCAGAGUCCGAGUGUGUUAGAACGGCUGCGGCAGUUUGAUGCAUAUCCAAAGACACUGGAAGAUUUCCGGGUGAAAACGUUUGGCGGAGCAGCAGUGACUCUGUCCAGUGCAGUGCUGAUGUUUAUACUGUUUGUGUCAGAGUUCAACUAUUAUCUCACAAAAGAAGUGCAGCCGGAACUAUUUGUGGACACUUCAAGAGGCCAGAAAAUUCGAAUAAACGUUGAUAUUACAUUUUCCAAGCUGCCAUGUGCUUAUUUGAGUAUUGAUGCCAUGGAUGUGUCUGGUGAACAACAGAUUGAUGUAGACCACAACCUGUUCAAGCAGCGUCUGGAUACUGAUGGGACAGCUGUCAGUGAUAAGCCAGAAAAACAGGAAUUGGGAGAUGCUUCUAAAGAUUUAGUUGCUAAUGUUACAAAGCCGAAGGAACUUGAUCCCAGCCGCUGUGAAAGUUGUUACGGAGCAGAAACUGAUGACAAAAAGUGCUGUAACAAUUGUGAAGAUGUGAGAGAAGCUUACAGGAAAAAGGGUUGGGCUUUCAACAACCCUUCAGGCAUCGAGCAGUGCAAGCGGGAAGGAUGGUCCGAGAAAAUGUCUGCACAAAAAAAUGAAGGUUGCAGAGUCUUUGGUUACCUGGAAGUUAAUAAGGUAGCAGGCAACUUCCACUUUGCCCCGGGGAAGAGCUUCCAGCAGCAUCAUGUGCAUGUACACGACUUGCAGGCAUUCGGUGGACAGAAGUUCAACAUUACUCAUCGUAUCAAGCACCUGUCAUUUGGCACCGACUACCCUGGAAUUAUCAACCCUCUUGACGAAACAUAUGAAGCAGCUGAGGCGGAACAGAUGAUGUUCCAAUAUUUUGUUAAAGUCGUGCCAACCACCUACACCCAAAUCAGUGGCCAGACCCUACACACCAAUCAGUUCUCAGUGACCAAACAUUCCAAGACAGUGGCUGCGGGAUCAGGGGAGAGUGGUCUUCCGGGCGUCUUCUUCAUGUAUGAGCUCUCGCCCAUGAUGGUUAAAUAUACAGAAAAACAGAGGUCCUUCAUGCAUUUUCUGACGGGUGUCUGUGCAAUUAUAGGAGGAGUAUUUACAGUUGCCGGCCUUAUAGACGGGAUGAUCUACCAUUCUGCCAGAGCCAUCCAGAAAAAGAUUGACCUUGGAAAGGCUUCCUGAUUUAAGCGAAAUAUUUUAACUGCUGACUAAUUGCUCUCAGACUACUUGGCAUCCUACCACAGAGUCCCAUCCAUGGGUACAUAUUGCAGGGGGAAGUACACUUUAUAAGGAUUUAGGUCUCAGAUUAAGGAAACAUUUAAAUUCAAAUUACUGCACGACCCAAUGCAUUGAGGUCAGUAUAAACAUUGAUCUUAUCUGAAGUGUUCAUACUUUCUUAAUUAUGAGAUGAAAAUAUAGCUUCAAAUUACCAGAAAACCCAUUGCAUUGGUAGUAUUAAGAAUUGAUCUUUAUGUUAAAUGUUCAUAGGCGCUGCAAUUUAUCCCAUCAGUUGGUAAAUAUUUUUUUGUACUCGGAUUCAGAAGUCUUGUGUGUCACCAUGUAUUUAUCUUAAAGGGUGCGUGGUUCAGCUGGUUUGCGGUCCAGGCAAGUUUGCAUCAGCAGAUUCUUUACUCCGAUCUAAUACAUCAGACUAGCAAUAAAUGUCCCUCAUCAAGGACAUGCAGGGACCAGUUACAGCUAAGACCCGGAUUUGGUGUGUCAUUAGACGUGGACGAGGGGCUUCUUUGUGAGGAAUUAAGGGACACAAAUCGGGAAAAUUGCUAGUCCCAGCAAGUUUAAGUGGUAUAGUUUGUACCCCAGUCAACUCUUUUUUUAAUGUAUAUCAAGCACUCAUUAUUGUUCUAAUUUCACACACAGGGGCGAAACGGUGGCCUGGUGUUAAAAGGGUUGUCACGCAAAGACCAGGUUCAAUUCCCCCAUACUGGCCCCCCUUUCCUGAUAUUUCUGGAAUAUUGCUUAAAGCCUGGUAAAACUAUUGAUUCACACAUAAAUAGAGGUAUUGUGGGAAUUGGGAAAGUGGCAUUAAGCAUAGUCCUUCUUUUACUAUAGCAAUCAGCUUGGUCAUAGUGUCUGCUAAAUAGUGACAUGGUGAUGCCCACACUGUUGAUGCACCUGGUCAGACUGGCUGCAGGCUGCUGAUGUCGACAAGAUGAUGUGCAAAACGGGAUCAUGAUACUGGUAUUAAUUAACUGGUUGUGAAGAAUCUAUCAUCUGUUCAACCCCCCUACCCUUACUGUCCCUGUCUAUCACUGAUGAUAUUAUAACUGGACAACGUCUCCGGGGAGUGACCCUAGGUAGUCUCAGAGCAGACCAUUAUGUAUUUACUAUCUAUUUUUGUUGGUAUUUUGUUUCUAAUAAAACGUUGAAAACUA